AGCGCUUUCACGCACCGUCCGGGGCCGCGCAGUGCAGAUUAGACUGCGGCAAGGGAAAGGUGCUGGAUGAAGAAGUCGACGUGAACGCUUUGAAGGUAAAACUUUGACAUGCUUUGUUUACACUCAUACGGCAUUUGUGAAAUUGCAUGCGUCCUUUUCGAAAUUAGUGCCGAAGUCAAUCAGGGCCCGUUAUCAUUACAAUUCACCCAACUCCACCUAACAGGUCGGUUCCCUAGUCCAGGCCAAAGUUGCGAAGACCGUCGAGAAGAAUGACGGCAAGUUGGAGAUGCGGUUCUGCGGCGCGUUCCGCGGGGUGCUUUUCCCGGAGUACACGGACGAGCAAAGUGCAACUUUUGACAAGAACUCCACCCACCUCUGCCGGGUGUUCGCGAAGGUCCCACAGCAGGACGUCUCCGAGGAACAGCAGCCGGAAUUGCAUUUGUGUGCCCUGCCGCACAUUGUCACUUGGGAGUCGCUGGACUUCCGCAAAACGUGCGAAGAGUUGCGCGAGGGCAGCCACGUGGACGGCACGGUCACGCAGGUGCAGGACUUCAACGCGCGUCUGGAAAUCAAGGUGCCCGCGAAGGACGGCGGUGGUGGAAAUGAUAAGCCGACACUCCUCAACGCCGUGUGCCACAGUUCGAAGAUGGACAAGGAAAGCGCGGAGAAACCCGCGGAUAAGAACAAAAAGGAGAAAAAAACCGCUGCAAAGGAGGAACAGGACUCAACGAAGACCAACACCGUGCCGUCCUACGUUGAGGAGGGUAUGGAAGCCAAGGCACGGGUUUUGGGGUUCAACCAGCUCGACCGCGCGCUGGUGGUCGGGAUGAGUAGUGAACUGGUAGAGGAAAAGAUCCUCUGCGCGAAGGAUUUGCAGCUUGGACAACUCGUGCGCGGAGAUAUCACCAAGGUCAUUCCGGACCGUGGUGUGUUUGUCAAGGUAAUAAUGUUUGGUCUUCAUCUUUGCUGUAGUUUUUCACUUGCAUACAAUAUGUUUCUCGACACGCAUACAGCUACCUGCAGUGUCGAAAAGAGUACCUAGAUCUGAAAUUCCGCACAAAAUAACUCUUACCAGAUUUCGUCCUUCGUCACUGCGGAGAUUCCGUUGCAGCACUUGACGAACGUGCCGUUGAAGCAAGUACCGGAGUCCAAAUUCAAAGCCGGACAGAAGAUCAAGGCGCGCGUGCUGUCCCUCAAUUUCGACACCAACAAGGUGAAGUUGACCGCGAAGAAGGACCUGGUGAAGACGGAUCCGAAAGAUUUGUUGACCGACGAGCAUGCCGUGAAGCUGAACCAAGUCACGUCCGGGUACGUCCACCAGGUGCAGGAGAUCGGGGUCAUCGUCCGCUUUUUCGGCGAUCGCCUGCACGGGCUGGUGCCCUGCAAGGAUCCGGAAGUCUUGCACAGCAUGAAGCCCGGAGCGCUCGUGCGCGUCCGGGUAGUCGCGAUUCGCGGGGAGGGGAAAUUAAAAUUGUCCUUCGACGUGGAAAGCAAGGAUGGCGUGGCGAAUCAGGGAGACGGGAACUCAGCCAAAUUCUUCGCGCAGCCAGGGUGCAAGGUUCCGGCCGCGGGCAUGCGAGUUUUUGCCGUGGAUGAGACCGGGUGCUUCGUGGUGCUGCCCAACCGCCGCGAGGCCUACAUUCCGCAGUACCACUUCGCCGACGAUUUGGCGGAGGCUGGUGCUCGGUUUCAAAAAGUCGAGGUCGGGAAAAGUGUGGAAGAAUGCCUGGGUAGUACCGCAAGUGCAGCGGAAGAUACGAACGACACGUCUUCAUUUCUGUCGGGUAUUCUGCUCGGCGUCCGCUGCUACCGGGUGAACAUGAACACCAGCAGCAACGACGGGGAUCUGGUCACGAGCUCGGUCAAGCACGUCGACUUGCUGUCCUUGAAGCAGAGUUUGCAGGUCGGGAAGCUGUCGGAAGAUGGUACCCCUAGUAGCACCGAUGCAGUAGUACCGGUGUCCUUCGUGAAGGAAUUAACCGACAUCAAGGUGCAGCAGCAGAAGUACUUCCUGGGGUACGUCAAGCAGAUCUGCGCCAAGAAGGGCGUGUUCAUCAGUCUCGGCGACUACAAGAAUGCGGUCGGCAUCGCGCCGCUCGCGCAGUGCACCGACCACUUUUGCGUGGAGCCGCAGGACGAGUUUAAGAUCGGGCAGACGGUGCGCGUUGUGGUGAAAAGCAUCGACUUCGAGAAGAAACUGGCGAAUUUCGACCUGCGACACACAAAAUUGCUGAAGCAAACGCUCUCUAUUGCGCAGAACGCGACUGUCGCGAAGUUGGAGAGUUCCUUCCUCGCGUCCACACUGAAACUGUCAUCUACUACCGACCAGAGCGGACGGGAAUCCACCUCAGUGUCUGGUUCCGUCCUUUCUCCGAAGAUCACCGCGGGGCAGUGCGUACGUGGUAAGGUGAUCGCCGUGAAGGACUACGGGCUGUUCUUGGAGCCGGUUCUGGGAGAGAAAGAUCAGGCCUCGGAGGUGAAAGGCAUCAAGCUCCUCGCCAUGGCCCACAACGUGGACGACUUCGAGAAGCCACCAAGCGUUGGUUCCGAGGUCGACGCCUUCAUCCUCGAUGUGAACACGGAGCGGAAACUGGUGGACGUGUCGCUGAAGACGAACUUGUUGGCGAGAGCAGCCGGUUCUUCUUCUAAAACCCCCACUGCAGGAGCUUUGGCUCCGGGUGAGGAGGUCGAGUGCGAAGUGCACUUGGCGAAGACCGAUCGCACGAUUUUGGUGACGACGAAUGGACUGCCGAAGGUCGUGUUCGCGCCGAAUGCCGAUGCGUUUAACCGCCUGCAGACCGCCGCGGUGAGCAUGCAACGCGGCAUGUUCGCGCGCAAAAUGCUGGUCUUGCAACAAGAAGUUGUCUUUGCUGGUUCAGAUGGCGCAGCACCGAGCGCGUGGUUGGCGCACCUGGCGGCGUCGCGGAAGGAAGGAGCUGAGCAGGAGGACGCCAAGGACGAAGUUGAAAACAAGCCCGCUGCGCCUUCGACUUCUUCGAAGCAGCAGCUUGAAGUGUCCCGAAUUUCCGACCCCGCGGUGGAAGCAACCGUCGGGACGGUGUUGCAGAUGCGUGUGCAAUCCGUUGGCCCAACUUCCGUCGUGCUCCAGUGCCCGAACAGCGUCUGGGGCCAUUUACAUGCCUGCGAUUUGCCGCUCGGGAAAAUUGCAGAUUUCGCGACGAAGAAGCAAGUAGCUACGACGCAACUUUUCAAACUCAAAGACGUGGUGAGCGUGAAGGUUGAAAAGGUCAGCGAGAACAAAACCGCGCUCGGCUGCAGCAAAACCGGCAUCAAGGGAACGCAACUCCUCGUUUCGCUGGCGGAAAAUGGAGGUGCAGUAAGUACACAAGAGGAAGAAAAUAAACCGGCGAAGAAGCGCAAGAAAAUGGCAAAGGCGGAAGUAGUAGCUCCGGAAACUCUACUCUCCCAAGCGGCCGCUCUUUCCUGGACUUCUCUCAAGGAAGAGCAGAGCAAAAGUUUCCGUGCCGUCGUCGUCAGCGUCGCGAAGGACCAUCUGCAGGUCGAACUCGCCCCGGGGAUCCGCGGACGUGUUUCGGUCCUGGAUAUUGAGCAGGACGACGCGAAAACCCUAUUCGACCGCUUUGUCGCCGGACAGCUGCUGCCCGCCGUGUGGAUCCUGCAUCUGGCCAAGAGCAAGCGCACGCUGAACUUGAGUUUGGUAAGUCCAGAAACCGCGAAGAAACAGUGGUUUUCAAUGACAAAGCGCAAUUCCACGAAAAUCCCAGCCGUGAUCACGAUGCUGAACCCAAAAUGCACCUCCGGCUUUCCCAUCCGCGUCAGCCUCCCGCUGCUCAACUGGGCGGAGGUCCACGUGACACAGGUCGGGGACGCGAAUAUCAAGCAGGGGAACGUGCUGAAGCGACUCAAGGUGCACCAGGCCGUGACGGUGCAAUUGGACGCGGAAAGUAUCGCACGAGCUGGAUCCUCUGCUGAGGAGCAGAAUCAGGAAGAAGACAAGGAAACGAAGCCCCUGCGCGCCGCGAUCGUUGACGAGGUGGAGGAGGAAAAAACAUCCAAGCCCGUUUUGUUGUCUGACGAGAGACUGAAACAACAAAUUGCAGCCUCCACUUCCGGCGCGCAAAAAAUCUACACGGGUGUGGUCCGGAACUUCCACCCCAACGCCGGCGUUUUCGUCGCCCUGACCCCAAAUUUCAGCGGCCGCGUGCAGUUCAAGGACUUGCCGAUCGGUAGUGAGUUGAACAUUUCAAAAGACGAAAUUCAGAAGAAAUACCCGAUAGGUACGGUACUGGAAAAUUUGGUCCGUAUCGUUCGCCCGAAUGCGGAAUCCCUGGCCACCGAAACAGAAAACCACCGGCUGGAGCUGUCUUUGACGGACCAGUCCGGUAGCGGAGAAGCAGCUGCAUCGUCGUCCAAAACCGAGAGUAGACAAGCCGGGCAGAUGAAGCAGCUACCAGUAGUUGGCUCCCUGGUUUCCGGCGUGGUGCGCGGGAAGAAGGACUUCGGGCUGUUCAUCCGCCUCGACGAAACUGGAGCGGACGGGCUCUGCCACGUGACGGAGAUCGAGGACCGGCCGCUGCUGCCGAAGAAGCAGAACACGCCGGAGAAGCGCGCGGCCCGGGACCAGCGCACGCUGGCGGGCUACAGCGUGGGGCAGAAGGUGCAGGUGGUGAAGGUGACCAAGGUGGAGAACGGCAAGGUGUCGCUGAGCAUGCGGCCCUCGGUGCUCGCGGAAGCCGAGACCGCGCUCGAGGAGGUCGAGGACGAGGAAAAGGAAACCGCUCUGAAUGCGGAGGUGAACGCCGAGAUUCGGGCCGCCGCUGAGGCCGCAGAGAGCGACGAGGAAGAUGGGUCAGAGGAAGAAGAAGCCUCCGACGGCGCAGAGAGCGAUGCAGGUGAACAAGCUUGUUCUAACGCAGAAGCCGCAGUUGCGACUAGCGAUGUCGACAUGUCUGAUGCGGAGGAAGAAGAUUCUGACGAAGAGGCAGAGUCCGAUGAAGACGAUGUGAGCGACGAGGACGACCCAGAGCAGCAAGAAACCGCACAACCGCUGUCCAGCGAAGCCAUCGCGCAGAGGCUCGCACAAAAGAGGAAACAGAACCAGGCUGCGUUGGCGGAAGCUGGCACUGGUAAUAGUACCCUGACUAUCAAAUGCAAAAAUGUCUGGGUCUGGAAAUUUGUGAUGCUGCGUUGGGAAUAGUGAAUGCUCUGUAAUGCACGGGCAAGCAUGAGAAAUAUCUGCGCUUCUUUGUGUUGCGUUUUUCGCAUGACAAACUGCGUUUUUGCAUGACAGGAAAAAGAGUCUCUUCUUGGACACGCAUCACAAGCUUGUUGGUCAUGCCAGACAAGCAUGACAAAUCUCAAAAUCUUCCAGACCCAGACAUUUUUACAUUUGAUACUGACUGCAGGUAAGGACGCAGCAGUAGAAGAACAAUCCGACGAAGAACAAGACCUGUCACCCGCGGCCAAGCGACGAAAGAAGCUGCUCGAGGAUGCGAAAAAGGACGACAAGAUCCGGGAGCGGGAAAGAGAAACGCUGGAAAACACGCCGCGGACGCCGGACGACUUCGAGCGGUUGCUGCUCAGCGACGGCGGGAAGAGUUCCUUUUUGUGGAUCCAGUACCUGGCGCACCACAUGGAGCUAUCCGAGAUCCAGAAGGCGCGCGCGAUCGCGGAGCGCGGCGUCAAGCACAUCUGCUUCGCCACCGACCAGGAGCGGCUCAACGUGUGGGUCGCGUACCUGAAUCUGGAGGCCCACUUCGGCGACAAAAACAGUCUGGCGGGCAUUUUCCAGCGCGCCUGCCAGUACAACAAGGCGAAGACGGUUUACCUCAAGCUGGCGGAGAUCCAGGAGAAGAGAGGCAAGAAGCUCGAGGCGAAACAGCUCUACGAAGAGGCCGCGAAGAAAUUUUCGCAGAGCAAGAAGGUCUGGAUCGCCAGACUCAAGUUCCUCUACAGCACGGAGAGCGACAGCACCGCCGGGGCGCUUGCGGGCGCGAAAAACCGAAAUGUUAUUUCCGCUCCUUACCAGGCGGAAGCCCGCGAAUUGUUACCCCGGGCGCUGAACAUUUUGGAGAGGAGAAAGCACAUCCCGGUUAUCCAGAAAGCGGCGGCGUUCGAAUUCGAACACGGCAGUGUGGAGCGGGGCAAGACCCUGUUCGAGAGCAUGCUCGCGGUGUCGGCGCAGAAGAAGCGACUCGAUUUGUGGAACGUGUUUCUGGACCUGUGCGCCAGGAAACUGGAUGUGGAGGAGGUACGACGCUUGUACGCACAGAAAAUCGACGAAUUGAAGACGGUUUUCAAGGCACGAAAAAUGAAGUUUUUCUUCAAAAAAUGGCUGGACUACGAAACGAGAUACGGUGACGAAGAAGGACAGCUCCGGGUGAAAGCGAAGGCGAAGGAGUUCGUGGACUCGGAGAACUGAUCAGUCAGUAUUUGCGAAUAGAAUGAUAUUACGUAUGAAUUUUUUACGAUAAGUGAUGCGCGUUUUUUUGCAUGGCAUUCUAUCAUCUUCCGUAACGCUGCGGAAGAAGUAGGUGCUUUACUAGCAACAGCAAAUGCAAUUUAGUACAAU